CUAUAGUGAAAGGACCGCGGCAAGGAGGGGGUCUGGCAAAUUCUGUCCACGGAUUGGAAGUUGGAUUUGGAAGGGGCGUGAUAUAUUACACACCUCUGGGCAAGGAUAGGUAAGUACGCCCGUGAGGCGGAGUAAAUACGACAUUUCGGGGCGGGUCUAGGAUACAAUUCACAGCCACACAUUUUGAAUGGUGUGUUUACAAUUUCUGUAAUAUUUAGUUCCUUCUAGAAGACAUGGGCAAACAUGAACAACGAACACAUACAGACACCUCUAGGAAUAAAAUAAGUUAUAUUAUAUUCUAAAGACUGAGUUAACCAAUAUAGAAAAUAUAUUUUAUUUGCACCAAAAAAGCUUUCAACAACCACACUGUAUCUUGAAUGUCCUAUUCAUCCUCUUACAACAACUUGAAUAACUUUUUUCUCUCCUUUUUGGAGAGUCUCCAAUUCAUUAUUGAACCCUGAACAUGCACUUGCCUGGAAUGUAUGGCUGUAAUGUAUGUUCAUUGAUGAAGCAGUUUACAAGUUCACAGUAGAUGCUUUCAUUUCAACGACCCAUAGAUGUCUCUCUAGUCUUGUCCUCUGUAGCUCUGUCUCUGCUCUGUAGAACGAUGGAUCUUUUUUUCUAAAGUUAAUUGAGUUUAGGCUGUUUCCUUUCCUCUAAACGCACAUGACCAUCCUGUGAUUUUCUAUCCGUCUCCCAAGACAGGCCUCAGAACUUUGUUGUUGGUGUUGUGAAUGUAUUCCUUGGAUACUGCUUCAAAAAAUAUUACUUUUCACAAGAUGCAUUUGGCAGGGUGGAUCCUUGCGGUGGCUCUAGUUUUUGGGACCUCAAAUCUCAAGAUCACAUCCGCGGGACCUCUCCAUGCACAAUGCAAAGUAGAAUGGUAUUUUGGGAUCCCCUGUAGACAAGUCUAUGAAGGUCUGGUCACUCAGAUCAAGCAGUGGAGGACCAUGUCCAGCUGUGUGAUGGGGGGACAGAGGUGCCUCUACAAGCUCCAGGCAGCCUCUAUCCACUUCAUAGCAGCCAAACACACCACACCAUUUAAGAAGACUGUCGAUGACUUGACGUUCCGUCUGGUCUCCUUUGAGUUCUUCACCCACUGUCACGUCUCGGCCAUGUCUGUCUCAGAGAGCUGGUAUGCCAUUAGAGAUCACGGCACAAACUACUGCAACCUCUAUAAUCUCAUGGAAGGAAGUGGCCUUACAGACGCCCCUGGAUACAAAGAGAUAACGAGUGACUUCCUGUGUACCCAGCGGUCCUCUGCUGACUGCACUGUAUACUGACACCAUGAUGGCCCAUGGUUCAUAUUGCAUGGCAACAGCUUGCUCACCGUCAGAUCGUCCCUCAUCGUCUGACAGUGUUGGCAGCGCUGCAUUUUAUACACACGCUGCUUUUGUUUUCUUUAAAGGUCUUCUUUUUUAUUUGAUCCAUGAAUUCUUAUGCUGUACAGUGCCUUGCGAAAGUAUUCGGCCCCCUUGAAC